AUGCCGCAGAUCCAGUAUUCUGAGAAAUAUUUCGACGACGUCUACGAGUACAGGCAUGUAGUUCUCCCCCCUGAUGUGGCGAAGUUACUUCCGAAGAACAGGCUGCUGUCCGAGGCUGAAUGGAGGAGCAUUGGCGUGCAGCAAUCUAGAGGAUGGGUUCACUACGCUAUUCAUCGGCCCGAACCUCACAUCAUGCUUUUCCGUCGGCCACUGAACUAUGGACAGCAGGUUCAGCCGCCGACGCAGCAACUUCAGCAGCAAGUAGGAGCAUAA